AUGGCUACCGAACACUCAGCGCACGCUUCGAAGGAGUCCCUUGGGAUCACUUCCGCACCGCUUUCCGAAAAGCCGGCACCAGCCCGCGAGGUGAAGGUGAUUCGCCGCAAACUCAACGGUUACGUCGGGUUUGCCAACUUGCCUAAGCAAUGGCACCGCAAGUCCAUCAGACGCGGCUUCAACUUGAAUGUCAUGGUGGUGGGCGAGAGCGGAUUGGGCAAAUCCACCUUGAUGAACACCUUGUUCAACCGCAACUUGUACUCCGCGUCCUCUGCUGCCAUUCCUGCAACUGAAAAGCCUAGUGCGGUGGAAAUUGAGUCCUUGAGCGCGGACAUUGAGGAGAACGGCGUCAGAUUGCACUUGACCAUCAUCGACACCCCAGGUUUUGGUGAUGCGAUCAACAACACCGACUCUUGGACCUCGAUUGUGUCCGAUAUCAACAACCGCUUUGACACGUACUUGGAGGCGGAGAGCAAGGUUACCAGAAAUACCAUCGCGGACACGCGUGUACACGCGUUGAUCUAUUUCAUUGAGCCCACUGGUCACUCGUUGAAGCCGUUGGACAUUACGUUUAUGAAGCAGGUGCACGGGAAGGUGAACUUGGUACCAGUUAUCGCCAAGUCCGACACCAUGACGGAGGAGGAGAUUGUCGAGUUUAAGCAGCGAAUCAACGACGACAUCAUCACCCAUAACAUCAACAUCUUCAAGCCGGCGCAAUUCGAAAAUGAUGACGACGACACGAUCUUGAGCACCCAGGACUUGAUAGCGAAAAUUCCAUUCGCAGUUGUGGGCUCCACCACGGCAGUGACGACCGCUGACGACAGACAGGUCCGCGGUAGAAGCUACCCGUGGGGUGUGAUCGAGGUGGACAACGAGGAACACUGCGAUUUUGUCAGAUUACGCGACUUGUUAGUGAGGAACUUUUUGGAAGAGUUAAGAGAGAGGACCGGCAACGUGUUGUACGAGAACUACAGAACAGAGAAGUUGAAGAAGAUGGGCAUCGAUCAGGACAACUCGGUGUUCCGCGAGUUUGACCCGAACUUAAAGCAGGAGGAGGAGAAGGUGUUACACGAAGCCAAGUUGGCCAAGAUGGAGGCGGAGAUGAAGACGGUCUUCCAGCAGAAGGUGUCGGAGAAGGAGAAGAAGUUGCAGAUGUCCGAGAGUGAGUUGUUUGCCAGACACAAGGAGAUGAAGGACAAGUUGUUGAAGCAGGUGAAGGUAUUGGAGGAAAAGAAAAGUCAGCUUGAGAAGUCGAAGACAACGACGGGGGAUGGGUCACUGCAGCCAGCGCAGAAGACGCGUAAGGGGUUCUUGCGCUAA